CUGAAUAAACCAACAUACAAAAUGUAAUAACAUUGGCUUCAUUUAUUAAUCUAUGAUGAAUACAACGUGCAAAUCAAUCGAAUUUCCACAAAACGUCAACUCAAUCAUUCGUAUCCAAUCAAUUUCGAGGUCAGAUCAUUAUAAUAUCAGUGAGUAUCAAAAAAUAAGUGGCUUUGUUUCAAACUCAACUGUUGUGCACUAUAAAAUGAAGAAUUAUCUAUUAAAUAACUAGUUUACUUAGAUACUUUACGCUUGUUACUCCCAGUGGAGCAUAGGCCACCAACUAGUAUUCUUCAACCCACACUGUCCUGAGCCUUCCUUUUUAGUACUAUCCAAUUGUUAUUCAUUCUUCUCAUGACUGUCUCCAUAUCUUGAUGUAAUAUGUUCUAUGAUCUUCCUCUUCUCCUUUGACCUUCAGGAUUCCAGGUGAGGCCGUUAUCUAUUGAACAGAUUGAUCUACCUAGAAUUAAAUGAAUACAAAACAGAUCAAUCAACCACAUGGCAAUCAAUCUUCAUUAGCCUAUGCAACAUGUUUCUAUUUCAUCAAUUUCAUCACUCAUUAAGUAGUAUUGAAUCGAUGUGGAUUGUUAUCAUUCAAAACUACAAAACUACAUAAUCAAACAAUUAGAUUCCUUUAACGAGUCACAUGUAUUACAGCAAGUAGAAUUAGUGAAAACUAAAGAUACACAAAUAUUUUACAUAGUGAAUUACAUAAAUGACUAUCUACAUCACACAUAACAUACAUACAUACAUACAUACAUAUCAAUCUAUCAAAAGCUGAUUCACAUUGGUUAUACGUAGGCUAAAUUCAUUCAUUAUUACUUUCACUCAAAAUAUAGGCUCAUUGGAAAUCAACAAAAAUGACAUGAUCACAGCAUGGAUGAAAUUGCAUUAAAAAUUUGCAAUUUGCAAAUGGAUAAUAAAAUAGAAAGGGGAUUCAGAGUGUGUGUGUGAGUGCCAAUUCCCAUCGAAUUCAAUAUCAUGUAUUGGUCAAUAGUUGAACGAUAUUCAAUAAAACUGUUCGUUUUCUUCAACUGCCUUUUUAUUACAAUUGGCAGUAUAGUGGUUGUAUAUGGCAUGAAAGUACCAACCAAACUAUUUGGAUAUAAGAGGAUUUUGCAAGCAACUAUACCACCCAUCUUCAUAACUGCUACUUUCUCAGGAAGUCUCGGUAUAUUAGCUGCAUGUAUUGGAAUAUUAGCAAUAUUAAAUAAAAGAAACAUCAUCAUGUAUCUGCAUCUAUGUACUUUGACCAUUGUAAUACUUAUGGAAAUAGGCAUAGCAUUGACAUCCUCUUUAAUGAAAGAUCAAUUCUUCACUGAAGCUCAUAGUUCGUUAAAUACGAAUGUUAAACAAUAUUGGACAAAUCUUCGUUAUCGAAUAGAAUUUGAUAAUUUACAAACAACAUUUCGUUGUUGUGGGGCUGAUUCAUCCAACGAUUAUCCACAUGUUAAACAACUUAUACCGAUUUCCUGUUUGUCUGGAAUAAAACCAUAUUCACUGGACCACAUUUAACAAUCUGGUCAUUGAAUAACCUCCACCGAUACAAAUGGAUCAGUUAUGUGAACACAUCAAUAGACGUUUCAAAGGAAACACAGUUUUUGGUUGAUUUAUAGAAUGAACAUUACUUGGUUUUUGAAUGCAGUGCUCAUAUCUUACUCAACAGACUUUCAUAAGGAAGAAGAUUAACUUGUUGUAUAGAUACCUUUCAAUGAAUCAUUUCAUGCAAACUAAAUUCCACAAAUCACUUUCAACAUUUCCAUCUCAAGCUUACCAGUUAGUCAUCAUUCAAUGACUCAUCCAUCUCAUGACUCAUAAACCAAUGUGGAAAUCAAUGAAUCAAUCAAACAUCGUUCUCUAUGGUCAGAUAGAUGAUUCAUUCACUUGUUUUGAAUAUUACAUAACAUUAAGCAUUUGUAUCUUCCCAACUUUACAUAAUUCACUAACACUGUGUAGUUUAUUUAUUUUAACAUAUAUAGGGAUGCAUUGAUGCAUUGAAUGAAUUUGUACAAUAUUAUAGACACAUUCUGAUCUAUUUAUGCUUCAGUCUUGGAAUAAUUCAUGGUAUCUACUUGAUUCUGUCAUUUGUGAUGAUUUGUAAAUCUAAAUAUGGAAAGAUUCGAUCGACGCAGACCUCUUGUUGAAACAAGUCGAAGACUACUGAUGAGGAUUGAAUCUCGGCCGAAAUUUCACAUGAAUAACACUCAAUUAUUGCUGAUAAAAUGCUAUUGAACUAUUACGUAACAUUUCUGAUUGUUUCAUCAAUUUGUAAAUUAAACAUUUUCUCUACCACCUUGCUUUCAUUGUCAAUCAAAACUGUUCAGAGCAUGUAAUAAUAUUUGAUGAACAAUCUGAUGAUGAUGAUGAUCUUUUUUUGUAUCAAGCAAGUCAUUUCUAUUGCCGUUCUUGCCUUCUGUUGCCAGACAUUCUAUUUCUGACUCGCGUUAUCUACUACUUAUGUUGAUAUAAGUAGCACACAUACAACAGAACUCGUAUAAUUUGUAGUAGCUUUACAUAUGCAAAGACUGAAAUAUAUUUUAUAGUAAUGAUAUAAAUACAUUGAUAGGAUGGAUUCAUUGAAACUAAUCAAUAAUUGUGAUAGUAAAUACCAUAACAUGUGCGGCCUGUUUGAGUAUCUGAACUAUCUGUUCCUGCCAUCUAGAUAUUGAAUGUAAUGUACUAACUUGUAAUAUCCAGAACUAUCCAAUUCAUUCUCUUAUGUACUUACUUACUUACUCCUGUUACCCCUCAUGAAGUAACAUAGGUCAUCCAUCAAGAUUCUCCAACCAAUAUUUGCAUUGAAUAUUCUGAGUUUGAUGUUGGCUAGC